AUGCCACCGAAGGAGCAUCGCCUCGAGAUGAUCCCGGUGACGCACCCAGACGGGAUUCGGCCGUUGAACGUACAGCCGUGGAGCGGGCGCUUCACAGUUCCGAAGCAGCUGCAGUGUAACGAUACACGCCAAAAUUACAGCCGGCAUCGUGUCAAAAAAAAAAAGAUGUCGCACCCGUGGUGCCGUCAUGUGGUUUUGUGUUUAGUUGUGCAGUUACUUUUGAUGUGUUUUUGCGUACAAAGGAUAAACAGUAUAACCGUUCCACUCGAGUCCGGUUCUGCAGAGGUCACUACCACCAUUCCCACUAUCACCAUCUCACAACCAAGAGCAGCGGAACAGACAAAUGCUGCCAGCAUCUUCCGAUUGCCUUGCUCGUCGGUGAAACCCUUCUUAUUCGAACGAUCUUCGAAUAGUUUAAAGCUCUAUUUGCUCGAUGCGAUCGGAUUACAUCGCUUUGAGAAUGGAGAAUCAGGUGGCAUUGUUCAAUCACACAUUAGCACUCUGCCUAAGAAGUACGAAGAGGCAAUAACGCUACAGAUUCUUGAUAUUAAACUUGGAGAAGCAGAUUAUGUGCUCUUCGUUGUUACCACUGACCAAUGGCACAAUGUCUUCUUAGCCCACCAGAACGUUGGUAUUGGACCAACCAGUGCUCAACCUAUACAGCGUAUCAAAUACUCUGGCAAUUUUUCCAAAGCACAACUACUUGAAUGCAACGGUAACAUUUACAUGGUAACGAUCGUCACAUACGCUACUACUGGGAAAAUUCGUGUCUACCGUUGGCAGCAGUCAUAUUUUUCUCUUGAGAGUACCAAGGAGGUGUUAUCUAUUGAUGAUGUACGGUGCCAUUGUCCCAGUACACUGUUGCUUCUGGCGCUCGAUUAUGGCCAAUUACCAGAGCGCUCACUAAACCACGUUCUGUUGCUGGAUAAUGCAGAACGCCCAGUGAAGGUGCAGGAAAUGUUCUUCCUGUACAGUUCGUUACCAUCUUUUACUCUCGACGAUGAACUAUACCUUAUCCGGCAUGUUAGCAGAGAUAAAUCAUAUCUUUAUCAGUGGAGUGCCGAAGGGAGAUUCGUACGCUUGCGUAAACUAUCGGAGCAUCCACAACAAAUCACAACCUAUACACAUUGGGAUAGUACGCUGGCCGUUGCGUUCGACAAUAACAUUCGACUGUAUAACAGCAACAAACAAAAUCUGUUGCGUGUCGAAUCUUCCUUUUCGCUGCAUGGAGCCAACUCAUCGGAACCUUUGACACAACUUACGCCAGGAUCAUCCGAAGAGAAGUUAAAGAUGCUUUACGGGUUACGAACAGAGGACAGUGAGGAAGUUAUACUAGCAACGGAGUUUUACUGCCCUGCACAAAACGAACACACCCCAAACUCAACUGCACUAUAUCUUUACAAACUUUCCAUAAAGAGCGUCGCACGAUCAGCAGAAGCAACAGCACAGGAGCAGGGCUUUCAGACUCUCAACAGUUGUCUACAUCGGCUCAAGCAGGAACUAAACGAACGUAAAAAAUGGAUCGACCUUAUCCGACUGCAGUUGUCACGCAAGAAUUUGCUAUUCGACGCGAUCACACAAAGUGAUCCGGCCAAGUCGACUCUUAUACACCCAUCAGCGACACUGACCAACGUGCUCUUGUCGCACAAUAAUCCAAAUCUAUUGCCACCUUCGCGUACCAUACUAAAUGGUCAGUCGCUUCUUCUACGCCACUAUCGCGUAGCUACGGACCUCAACCAGGUGCUACUGCUAAAUCGCGAACGAACAGAAAUUCGCGGCGAUCUGCACGUAUCCGGCAAUGUACGCACACGCUGUUCCAAAAUUCGUGCCGUCAACGCUCAGGACAGUUAUGGUGCGGAUCCUAAAAAGAGACGAAUGCGCUCCACUGUACAUGUGGCGGGAAAAACUUUCUAUCGCGUCGUGAAGGCGAAGGAAAUUGUGUCUGAUUCAACGCUAAGCAAACGUUGUUUGCUGCGUUCCAAGAUGAAUGUUUUGCAUGGUACGAUGCAGUUGGACGAGCUGAAUACGCAAGCCGUACGAGUGGAGCAGGGUAGCAUCAACCACAUCGCUGUACCAACGCGGAAGGUACUGACGGAUGCAGCUAAUCAUGGUUACCGCGGACAUAAGGUAUUCCGCAGCGUUAAAUCCUUCCGGUUAAAUACGCACCAUCUCAACGGACACCCACUAUCGACGGAAAUUAUUGAGUCUGGGCUGAAGUACGCAAACGAGGGCAUAACCAUUAAGACAGAUGUGUGUCGUACGCGUAACCUCGUUGUUCGGAAUAGUGUGAACGAAUUUCCACUGACACAACUAGUCUUCUUGCAUCAAAAUACCUUACAUAUCAAAGGUAAUUUGUUGUUGGGAGAUCAAGUAUGUGUGAAGAAUCUCCAGUAUCGUGGCACGUUGAACAAUAUCCCGAAGGAAGAUCUGCUGGACAGAUUAUCCAACCAAACCAUUACCGGUCCCGUAUUCGUGAGUAAGGGUUUCACACAUAAUCUUCAGGUGCGUCAGGUGAACGGAGAGCUGAUGGCGAACUACGCCACCACCACCCAACCUAACCGAAAUGAAGCACUGCAAAUACAAGCAUCUGUGCGAGCGGAAAAAAUGAUAGUUCUUGGUGAUCUCACUGCGAACCACGAGGAACAACAGUUGACCCCACAUAUCGGCACUAGUCCGGGUGACUUCAGGCAGCUAUACACUGGCAAACUCGUGCUGAACGGUACGCUACGAUUAAAGGUAGCCAAUAUAAAUGCACCGAACGUUACGAUCAUGGGACAAUCUGUAACAAGUAAACCGUACCAGCAGUACCUGCUGCGCAAUGAACGACAGGUUAUCAGUCGUCCGAUUGCGUAUCAUACUGCACAGUUUCAGUACCUGUUUGCAAAUACACUAAACGAAAUCGCACUAUGGCAGUUCAGCUUAACACACCGCAAUUGGCAGAAUAGUUUCUAUCUGCAGGAUGUGGCUGUGCAGGGCAAUGUGCGACCUGGUCGGAUCGCCAAACGGUUGCAUUCGGUGCAGCAGAACCGUAUCGACGUUAAUGCGCAUAUUCGCGUGUGUGACGUAAAACAUUUUACCGAAACUUUGCGUGUAACACACCUGCAUACCCACUCAAUUGACGGUACCAUUGUCCCCGAAGCUCUCUGGCGCAAAGGCGUCCCGUAUGGGACGACUAAUGCCGCACCGAAAGUAUUUUUAGGUCAUACAGAGCUGCGACAGAGCGUUCUACAGAUCCGAGGUCCAUUUCAAACGGCUGGAUUCAACGGCCGAACGUCGUACGACCUAGCGGAGUUGGCCAAACCACCACUGCGACGUUAUCAUACGUUGCAAUUGAAUGCUGUUAAUGCUACCGUGACCAACGUUCGACAGACGAUGGAUCUGUCGCUCGAUGAUGUACUGCAACGCUUCGUUACUGCUGUGCCCUAUCACCACGGAUCGAGCGUAGGUAGCGUACCAUCAUUUGCCAAGAUCGUUACGCCAGUGCAUGUGCAGCAGAUUCCAAUAGCCUCGGUGGGACAUAUCAACUUUUGUUCCGUCCAGCGGCUUCUGCAGGAAACAGUCUCCAAAAAUAGUCGACCGGGCCGUUCGAUUGCAGGCUAUAAGCAGGUGCUUGGAGCGGUUAGCAUUCCCAAGCGACUCACGGUCAGCCGAAUCAAUAGUCACGACACAGCGCACCUGGGACGGAUCGUAACUCGUGGUCCAAAUGCACUUCCGCAGAGUAUUGACAGCCGUUGGCGCUUCGGAAUGGUCACAACUAGCUAUCUCACCGCGAAGUUAAUUAAUCGCACUCCUCUCACCCGGCUAGCCUUGCACUCCGAAGAAACGCUACUACUGCAGAGUGAGCUACUCAUCGAACGACUACAAGUGAACGUGCUGCAGCUUGCAAAAAACCCAAACUGGAUCUUUGAACCGAACACGGGCUCUUCACUGAUACAUAUUCCUCACGGUGUCACACGGUUACGCUGCCACGGCAGCAUUCAUAGCCACAUCCGCGAUCCGGCCCAUCUGCUCAAUCAAUUGCUACUGACACCUUCGCUUGAUCAAACCAGAACCGUAACUGGUGGUCUCGUUUUCGCUGGACAAAGUGUUCAUUUCGGCAAUUGUACCACGCCUGCUGGAGGUAUUAUUCAGCGGAUCGAACGAACUGCCCGACAGUGUUUGCGAAGGAACACGUCCCCCGAUUUACGUUUGCCCGUUGUGUUCGAGCAGGAUCAGGUACUGCUGCAGACAGGCCCGGAUAUGAUGUCGAUACAUGGGAACAUCCACGUUGCUGAGCCUGGCUAUCUUAAAGCACGCACCAUCGCUGGUGUGAAUGUGGCAGAACGUCUCGGUCCGACUGCUGACCUUUAUCGAUUGUCACUGUCCCAAGGGGUCUCAACGUUACCUAUUGUCGGUGAAAAGCGAUUUUCCCAGGACCUCAUAGCCACCGUAUACAAUCUCACGCUUGUGCCGGGCCACACUGGAGAUAGUUUCUGGUCCCGGUUGGCACAUUGUAACCAUCCAACACUAUACCCCUGCACAAAUGCGUUACAUUUCGGGCAAUCUGUGGUGGUGAGUGAACUAUUAACAGCUGGACAGCUUAACAACGUACCGUUUAAGGGAUUUUUCCACGCAUUUGUAAAGCGCCAAUCUGCUCCAAUUCACCAAUCAAAGCUCCACCACAUCCAAGACUUUAUUGGUACGCUGACCGUGUCGGAGUUGCGACUUACUGGUACUGCCACGAUCCUAAACUACAUCAACAGCAUCCCACUCGGGGAGUUAAUUUUCCACUCCACAACCAACGCCACCCAUCAAAUAGUGCCAGGUCCAAAAACAUUCCGAACCCUGCAUAUAGAUGGACCGCUUUCGCUGCAGCUGCUUAAUGGACGCCAAUUGUCGCAGGUGAAGCGUGACUCACUAUCUUCGGACGAUGUCCAUCAACUAGAGGCGAUCAUUUUCAACAAGCCCGUGCUAAUUUCCGAACUGUAUACACGCGUUCUCUACCACAUUCGGACCGCUUCCUAUCGUCUUGUGGCGGAAAACCCGACUGUUCAGCUGCCCGCGGAGUUGCAACUACGAUCAGAUCACCUUCAUCCUCUGAAGAUAAUGCAACGCACCAACAAUAUCGGACGCGCACGCACCAGCACGGUAAAGCUUCGAUCGCGAGAGUCGGCCAACUUUAUCGAGCUUGUAACCAUGGAUGCAGUCGAUACCAUUCGACUACACUGUUCGCCUGAUCAACGAUCCCUUGUAGUGGAGUUGCGACGGCUUCCAUCGAACCGCACCAGUGAACAACGGCUGCACGAUUUGCCACCAGCGACCGGAUGUCUGCAGACGGUUGAUGCAUACAGCGUAAAUCGAACGACACUGCUGAUUCUACUUCGGCACAAAAACUCGGAACAUUCGCAAAACCGGAAUGUGACCAUCAGCACACUCUAUCAAUAUGAUCUUGUACGAGGCAGUCUAACACCAGUCAAGAUACCAACUCCAGGACCAACCUGUCGGCAUACAUGCCUUCUGCAGCCAAAACUCGAAGAAAUAAUGCUUGCAACUGCCGGGUGCUUCGAUUCUCCCGUUUCCAGUGGAAUAAAACUCUAUCAACUCGAAACCGAUGGCACGUCCUUACGGUUACGCCACUUUCAAACAAUCGAUCUAGUCUCCGCUGUAGGCGCAAUGAGUUCUACUGUCGACGGGACUACUUUGCUAGUAAAAGAUGACACCACGCAUCGGCAUCGCUUCACUUACAGCUCGGUUCAGGGCUGGGCACAAGAUGAUGGACAACUACCUUAA